AACAUGAUAUUUAUAGACUCGUUCUCGAAAAGGAAGUAAAUUCAGUUUAAUAUUUACCGUAACUUCAGAAAGUGUUGUUUUUCUAAAUUUCUUUUCAUUUUACAAACAUUUACUUCGGUUUUUCUUUCAACGGGAAAUAUUUCGUGUUGUGAACUACUUAGUUACAAAUAUUUUCCCUAAAUAACAGAGACACUAGUUGAAAGUUUGACCUCUUAAUAUGGCGGUAUCGGGUCGAAAGACUACUGAUUUCCAAGGUUCCAUAUCCAAAGGUUCAUCAGAGGACUUUGACCAUAGAUGUGAACCAUGUUUGGCGAUUGGUCAGCAGAUAGAAGCUCAUGGAUUUUGUGUGGACUGCCAAGAAUACUUGUGUAAGAACUGCUUUGCUUAUCAUCAAAGGAUAAAGGCGACCAAACAUCAUCAUUUGGUCAACAAAGAUAAUAUGGAUAAACAUGCUGUUAUCAAGAAGGAGUCAGACGAAUGCACCGAGAAGUGUCAAGUGCACAAAAAAGAAGUGAUUAAAUUUUUCUGUCCAAAACAUGAAGCACUCGGCUGCAACGAUUGUAUCGUCCUGAAUCACAGAGCAUGUGACAUUGACUAUAUACCUGAGAAAUGUGCAGGUAUUGGCGACAGUACAGAGUUCAGAGAGUUACUAAAGGAACUUGAUCAACAAGUAAAUGAGACUGAUAAUAUUAUAAAGCAGGCCUCAAGUAGAGAAAAAGAAUUAGAUUCUUGCUAUGAUAAGCUGCUCAAAGAAAUCACAAUGUUUCGCAAAGAGAUAAAUGAUCGCUUAGACCAGCUACAAAAGCAAAUCUGGACAGAAGCUGACAAAAAGAAAUCCACAGAUAAACAAGCAGUAAGGAAAGUGCUUGAAACAUGUACAACCAUUUCUUCAGAUAUCAAACAACUACAAUCAAGACUACAAGAUUACAAAGCCUCACAGCAGAAUGGACAACUUUACAUUACAAUGAAACAAGCCAAAUCCAAACUAAAGUCAGACGAAAUAAAGGAGACAGACAGAAGUUUAGAAAAGACAAACAUGCAAUACACAUUUGAGCAAAACCAAGACCUGACAAACAUGCUUUCAAGACAAAAUGUAUUUGGAAAGCUCACUCUGUCGUCUUCUCUUGUAACUUCAAAGGGGAGGAAACCCAUCAACAAAUUAACCCGCAAAGAAAACAUAAAUGUAAAGACGAAAUCAGAUUGGACGAAAUGCUGGAUCACAGGAUAUGUUGUUCUGUCCUCUAACAAACUUGUGGCGGCUGACUUUUACAGUAUCAAGCUGAAAGUUGUUGACAUAAAAAACAAAGCUAUAAUAGAAGAGACAACACUUUCUUCAAAUCCAUGGGACAUUGCAGUAGUGCCUCAGGACCAUAUUGCUGUGACAAUGCCAGAGAAGAAAGAGAUCCUUAUAAUGACAACAACAGGUAAACUGUCAACUGUCCGCAAAUUUCCAGUUAAAGGAUAUUGUAGAGGCAUAGCUUAUCAUGAGGAACAUCUCUAUAUAGUCAGCAGUUAUCCAAAGUGUGUAUAUGUUACAGAUACACAAGGUAACGUACAGAACACAAUUAAACUGGAUGAUAAGAUAUUUGUCAAACCAUACUACUUACUGCUGAGUAAAGAUCUGAGACAUAUCUUCAUCAGUGACUGGGGUAGCCACAGUGUCUUCGGUAUAACAUUACAAGGUGAUAUAUCUGCUGAAUACAAAAACAAAGACUUUAUAUCACCAGAGGGAAUGAUGAUGCUAGACGAUGGAUCCUUGCUGGUGUGUUGCAGUGUAGGAAAUGGCAGCAUAUAUCGUAUCUCGGGUGAUUUGAAGCAAUGUCACACAAUGAUAGAUAAUCUAUCAUACCACUACUCUAUGUGCUAUAAUCGUGAUGCACAUGAGGUCUAUGUCGGAUGUAUUAGUGAUCAGAUGAUUGUGUUGAGUUCAAAAUAAUGUGUUUUAUGACACAGAAAACAGUCUGGGUCAUGUAAAAAUACAAUAUUGUGUCAUUCAUAUUUCAUAUGCAUUCUUUAAAAGAUCAACGAUUACAGAAAUGGAUGAAAUAAUUCUAAACAUUUAGAAUCUAAUCCCUAAUAAUCAGAGAACAAUUUUAACCGCUUACACAAAAGUGAUAAACUAGAAAACAGUUAUAACUGUUAAAUGAAAUUUGAAGCGGUUUAACUCUGACUGUACUAUUGAUAAUAUAAUCAGAUUCUGAGUUUUGUUACAUCUUCUAUUUAUGUUAUACAUGUACCUAUAUAUAAAAAUAAUCGUUUUCCGGGGUAGAUACAGGGUUUUGGUUAGAGUGCAUGGUGUUUUAGGGCAUCCAGGAUAUCUUCAUUUAACAAGUUUGUUAUCUAAACAGAUUUAAUAUUUUAAAGAUAUAGUAGGCUAAAUUUUUCCAAUCCAUCAUUAAAUUUUGUACAGGUAAAAUAACAAGUGCUGUCCGUAAGACAGCGCGCUCGACUUUUCGCAGUGCUUGAUUCUGAAUUAGAGCUUUGCCAGUAAAAAAAUCCAAGUUGAAAUGGGACAUAACUCAAAUCAGAGUUAUGGAAAUUGUGACUCCUGAUGUAUACUUUGAUAGUAAAUAAAUAUUUUGAGUUUCAAGUCAAAAGCUUUAAUAGUAACAGAGAUAUUUGACUUAAAAGGGGGCAUAAUGUUGUCAACAUUCAAAUCAGAGUUGUGCGGAUUGUUUCUCCUGGUGUAGACUUUGAAAGCAAAUCACUAUUUUGAGUUUCAAAUUCAUAGCUUUAAUAGUAACAGAGAUAUUUGACUUUAUAAAAAAAUUUAACAAAAAAGUUUUAAGCUAAAAAGGGGAAUAAUUCUGUCAAAGUUCAAAUCAGGGUUAUGGGGAUUGUUUCUCCUGGUGUAGACUUUGAUGGCAGAUAAGUAUUUUUAAGUUUCAAGUCAAUAACUUUGAUAGUAACAGAGAUAUUUCACUUUAUCAAAAACUAUAACCAAAAAUUCUAAGUUAAAAAGGGGCAUAAUUCUGUCAAGAUUCAAAUUAAAGUUAUGGGAAUUAUUUCUACUGGUGUAGACUUUCAUAGUAAAUAAAUAUUUUAAGUGUCAAGUCAAUAGCUUUGAUAGUAACAGAGAUUUUUGACUUUAUCAAAAACUUUAACCAACGACGACGCCAACACCGACACUAGGGCAAGUGUAAUAGCUCUACAUUUUCUUCGAAAAGUCUAGCUAAAAUUAUUAUUAUAUUAUAUAUAUUAACUAUUAUAUAUAUACAAGGCAAAUUUUUUGAAUAAAUUUUUGAAAUUUCACACCUGAAAAUCUUGGACUUUAUUUUUUUUACUUUAAUGUACACAUAUUUGGUCCAUUUUUUGAGCAGGUGUAAUGUAAAAAAAACAUAGAAAAAAUCUAUUAGAUAUUAAAUAAAUAAUAUGAGACAGGUAAUUAAAUAUUUCCUUGUAACCACAGGUGUCUGAAGCUCAAUUAAUAAAAUAUAUAUGCAAGUUAGAUCUCAUAGUAGGUGGGUGGGGUAUGGUAAUGCAUAUACAUGUAUCUAUUGAUGGAGCUUCAAGCGCCUGUGUUGUAACAGCCAUGUGAUUUUCAUUUUAUCAUGUGAUGUUUGCUAUGACAGUUAUUAAUACAUGUAUUGUAUCAAUGUCGAAUCAUCUGAAUAUUUCUGGCAAGUGGCAAGGUGUCCGGUCCUGAAAUCAAUAUACAUGUACUAUGAUCUAUUGUUUAUUACCACAUAUAAAUGGUAAUUGUUGGUGAAGAUUAGUUGUCAUACGUUAUUACGGGUUUGUUUUGUAACUAUUUUUAUAGAUAACUACCAGUCACGCACGCUGGAGAGAGUAUUCAAAUUAAUAACUGGGCCUCUCGACAGCCCUUUACAAGUUGUCUAAAGAUCCGGUAACCUGAUAACGGGCCCUAGCCGCUGCUUAAUUUCUAUCUCUUGCGUACCGCAUGAAAAGAUAUUUUAUACGUGAACGUAAUAAAACAUAUCAUAGUAUA